UUUGGUUUGCGGUCACACUUUUGUGUUUUUUGGGAAAAAUGAGCGUAUUGGUAAAAGAUAAACAAACUUGUUGUUGGCCGUGGCAAAAGAGAGGCUAGUGUUGGCCAGUGAACUGGGCUUAAAGCAGCGGCCGUUGCCGGUCAUUAACACAACUACAGCGCCACUGAAGUCAAUAACAACGCUAGCAGCGAGCAGACGGAAGACAACGCUCAGCAUUAAAAGCCGCGAGCCACAACAAUCAACGGCAUUGGUGUCCAAGAAAGAAACGUAAAAUAUGGGUCUGCGUUUCCAGCAGCUGAAGAAGCUAUGGCUGCUUUACUUGUUUUUGCUAUUUUUUGCAUUCUUUAUGUUUGCAAUUAGCAUAAACUUAUAUGUGUCAAGCAUACAGAAUGCCGAAGUUGAACCACGUCAUCCGAAACCGCCGCCCAAACGCCGCUCGCUAUGGCCAUAUAAAAAUAUAGUGGCUCAUUAUAUUGGCAAGGGAGACAUCUUCGGCAAUAUGACUGCAGACGAUUACAACAUUAACCAGUUCGAGCCCAAGCAAGGUGAAGGCGCCGACGGGCGGCCCGUAAUUAUUCCGCCGCGCGAUCGAUUUCGUAUGCAACGCUUCUUUAGACUUAACAGCUUCAAUCUGCUGGCCAGCGAUCGUAUACCGCUGAACCGCACGCUCAAGGACUACAGAACACCAGAAUGCCGUGAUAAGCGCUAUGCUAGCGGAGACUUGCCCACCACAUCGGUCAUUAUAGUCUUUCACAACGAGGCUUGGUCUGUGCUGCUGCGCACCAUAACGAGCGUUAUCAAUCGCUCACCCAAGCAUCUGCUCAAAGAGAUUAUACUUGUAGAUGAUGCCAGCGAUCGCUCCUUUCUCAAGCGUCAGCUGGAGGCCUACAUCGAUGUGCUCGCUGUGCCAACGCGUCUCUAUCGCAUGAAGGAGCGCAGCGGACUGGUGCCCGCUCGUCUCAUGGGUGCUCAGCAUGCGCGCGGCGAGGUAUUGACCUUCUUGGACGCGCAUUGUGAGUGCUCGCGUGGUUGGCUUGAACCACUCUUGGCGCGCAUUAAACAAUCACGCGAGGUCGUCAUCUGCCCGGUCAUUGACAUCAUCUCGGAUGAUAAUUUUAGCUACACCAAGACCUUUGAGAAUCACUGGGGCGCUUUCAAUUGGCAGCUGAGCUUCCGUUGGUUCUCCUCGGAUCGCAAGCGCCAGAGCACACCAAAGCCCAAGGAUGUUACCAUGCCAGUCGCCACGCCCGGCAUGGCGGGCGGGCUCUUUGCCAUUGAUCGCAAAUAUUUCUAUGAAAUGGGCGCCUACGACAGCAACAUGCGCAUCUGGGGCGGCGAGAAUGUGGAAAUGUCUUUUCGCAUUUGGCAAUGCGGUGGACGCAUAGAGAUAAGUCCUUGCUCCCAUGUGGGCCACAUCUUUCGCAGCAGCACGCCCUAUACUUUCCCAGGUGGCAUGAGCGAGGUGCUGGCCUCAAAUUUAGCGCGAGCUGCCACAGUUUGGAUGGAUGACUGGCAGUACUUUGUGAUGCUCUAUACGUCUGGACUGUCGCUGAGCAGCAAGGACAAAGUGAAUGUGACUGAACGCAUAGCGCUGCGUGAGAAGCUGCAAUGCAAGCCAUUCUCCUGGUACUUGGAGAACAUCUGGCCAGAGCACUUUUUCCCAGCGCCAGAUCGCUUCUUCGGCAAGAUUAUAUGGCUGGAUGGAGAGACAGAAUGCGCGCAGGCUUAUAGUCAGCAUAUGAAGAAUCUGCCAGGACGUGCGUUGUCCAGAGAAUGGAAGCGCACAUUCGAAGAGAUUGAAAGCAAGUCGGAGGAGUUUAUGUCAUUGAUUGAUCUAGAGCGGGAUAAGUGCUUGAGGCCGCUGCACGACGAUGUGCCCAGGUCAACGCUACAGCCUGUCACAGUGGGCGAUUGCACUUCGCAUGCGCAAUCCAUGGACAUGUUUGUGAUUACGCCCAAGGGACAGAUUAUGACAAAUGACAAUGUGUGCUUAACCUAUCGUCCGCCCAAGCAGGGCUCCAUUAAGCUGCUGCGAAAUCGCAAUGUAACUUUAUCAAAUAUUAUGCUCACACAAUGCGCCGUCGACUCGAGUCAGUUCUGGACCUACGACAUGGAUACACAACAAAUUUCGCAUCGUGAAACGAAACUUUGCCUGACGCUCAAAUCUGCCACAAAUGCCAAGACUCAAAAGGCUGAGAAAGUGGUGCUCAGCAUGGAAUGCAACUUCAAGGAUAUAACACAAAAAUGGGGACUCAUACCACUGCCAUGGCGCAUGUAAUGCCAUAACAAAAACACACACACACACAAAUUCAUACGCAAACCCAACAUAAUGUGAUAUUUAUUGAAAUUGUUUAACGAAUCCCCCACACACAAACACACACACACACACCAACACUUAUACACACACACAAGACACAGAGACACUUGUUUUUACGUUGAACACCGAUAACACGCCCACAAGAAUUGUUUUUGAAACAUUAUUGAGUGCAUUGAUAGCCUAUUGGCUAAUGCAUUGCGAUAUUGAUGGCACUCUCUAUGCAAUUCUAUGUCAUAUUUAUUAAGUCCAAAACCAAUUUUAAACAAUUUUUAAA